AAUCUCAAAAUAAUGAAGAUAAUAAUAUUGUUGAUCUUCUGGAAUCUCAAAAUAAUGAAGAUAAUGAUGUCGUUGAUGAUUCUUUAAAUAAAAAUCAGAAUCUGCUCUUUAAAAAAUGGUACAAAGCUGAAUUUGUCUCUUUACGUCAAUGUGACCAAAAAAAAUCCAACUCUUGGUAG